UUGAACUCUUCGUGGCUCGAGCGAUCAGCUUGUUCGAGCUACCUGUGCGCGUGCUCUAUGUACAAACAUUUGGUCGUGGAGAUUUGCUCACGCAAGCGUCGCAAGACUUCAGCCUGCCGUCAGCAGCAUGGACUAUUACACACCGCAGUCAAAUCGUCGCCAUAAUCCUGUGGACAGCAUCUGCCGUAAACUGCAGACCAUUCAGAGGUGUGGUGACCGAGAGCCAAAUUCACCGUUCCAGAUUCCCAAACUCUCCUCCAAUAGUUACGACAGCCCGCACUCAGGCCUCAGGCACAACCUGGAGGCCAUCCUGAAGAAGGGGGCCCUCCACAGAGACGAGAGGGGGACGGAUAACGAGAAGGAGAAGGGGAAAGGGAUGGGUAAGCAGGACCCAGCAGCUUCCCAGAGGAGCAGUCGAGGUCCUUCUGUUCCUCCCUCCACCCCAACAUGCAAUCCUUCCACGCCUGUUAAUGUAACAUACACUAUCACAAGCACCAUGGGAGAGAGGAGAGGUGCUGAUGGGAGUGAUUUAAGCAAAGUGAAGACAUGGCAGAGGUAUUGUUCGACGCCUGCGGGCCAGUCCAAAGAGUCCCCUUACUUUACAUUCACUCAGGGACCUCAGUCCGUGCAGCCGGAGAGCGUGAGGCCCAGUAGGAGCCCCCCCAUGUCUCGGACCUUCACACCACACAACAGCACCCUUUCUUACAACCUGAACUUCUGCUCAGCAGACACGGGGAAAUCCACAGAGUGCGAGUUGUACUAUCCGGCUCUGGUUGUGAAAAGACUGUCCAUGGGAGAUGGAGGAUCCUCAUCGACCUCAGAAAACAGGAAGGAGAAUAUGGCAGAAAUCAGUCUGAUCUGUGAAGAGAAUCUGCUCGAUACUAUCUUCCACGCCUGUGACACCCAGCGACGAGGCAAAGUGUUUGUGUCUCAUAUCGUGGACUACCUGCGGCACACCACCAGUCGCAGCUCAGAGGACAGCGGACUGGAGGAACUUUGCAACAUGCUGGAUCCAGAACAAAAAGACGUCUCCAUUGACCUGGACACUUACCAUGCCGUCAUGAGGGAGUGGAUUGAUGAAUGCCGCAACAACGGGCAAGACACUACAGAUGACAUCACUCAGGAGUCCAUCAAACUCCGAGACAGCCUGUGUGCAAAGAGAUCCAUGCUGCUAAAUAUGACUUCAGGAAGUUUGGAAGGCUUUGGUGGGGAGGUGUCCAGAGCAGAAUUUGAGACAUCGGAGCUGGUGUCUUGUGUUGCCGACCUUCAGAUGAACAACCACAAACUCCAAGAAGAGGUCAGGAAGAUGAAGCAGGUGGUGGAGGGUAUGGAGGACACCAACCAGAAGUUGGCAGAGGAGAAUGAGGAGCUUCGUAAUCAGGCCAGAGUUACCCAGCAACUGGCCCAGAAGGAAAUGAUGCUAAAAGAGGAGGUGGAGGAGAUGAAGGCUACUCUGAACUGCACUGAGGAAGGCAGAGCUCGCGCCUCCGCACACAGCAGACACGUGGAGAGAGAAAACCAAGGUCUCAUUGGAAAGAUUGCAUCUCUUCAGGAAGAGAACUUCAAGGUUACCAUGGAGAUGGACGAGCUUCAGAAGAGAAUAUCUGAGCUGUGUGACAUUAACGCUGACCUUCAGGUGCAAAUUCACUCUUUUGAUGCUGUUUCCAGUGAGAAGGAAGCUGUAAUACAAGAGAAGAGCAGACAGAUAAACGAGCUUAAGGCAGUAGUGGAGGAAUAUUCAUCCAUCACUGAGCUGCUGAGGGCAGACAAGAGCAAGCUGGAGAACCAAAUGCAGAUGUUUCAUCCAGAUCUGGCAGGGGCUGGUCUGACCCUGUCGGUGGCCUACAGACUGAACCAGAGUACCUCAGGAUCCUUACAGACAGAACUGGCCCUGGCACAGUCACCACUGGAGCAGGCCCCCCAUGGAGUUGACCUUUUGUCCACCACGAUGAGCCUCGUCUCCCCUCUGGAUGAGACGCUGGACAGGGAGGUGUUGCUCAUGUUGCAGGGACCCAGCCCUGAACACAUGGCUCAAGAGUUCAAGAGUCUCCUAAACAAACUGAAAAGGGAUUUCAGAGAAGAAAGUGAAUCAGUCUUGUCUUCAGUAAGAGGCCUGCUGGAUGACCACACACGGCAAACAAACCUCCAGACCGUGUCGGCCGAACUGGACGCAAGGCGGGCAGACUGGGCCCUCAGCCUGGACCAGCUAGCCCAGUAUACAGACUCGCUGGAGAAGGAGCUGAUUAAAAUGGCCAGUAACAUGAGGAGGUCCCGCACUGAGAUCCUGCACCUCUCAGUCAGGGUGCAGGAGCAGGAGAACCAGAAGCGCCAGCUGUGUGAGGAGCUCGAGCAGCUGAAGACACCUCAGGACAGCAGAGAGGCCUCAUGCCAGACACCUGUGCCGGAGGAAGAGCCUGGAGAUGACUUGGACUGGGACGAGGAGUUUGCCCUUCAAGACUUCCUAAAGAACGAGUUAGCCGAAAGAAACUGCAAAGAACCAAGCGAGCAGACGAACAGCAAGCCGGUGGAGAAAGCGGAAAAAUUAACAGACAGAGGUGAAGAGGAGGAGGGGGAGGAGAAGUGGACGGUGGUGGACACGGCAGGAGAGGGAGAAGUGAGGGACACAUCCACUCCCCUGUCUGCUCAUCCUGCAGAGUCCAGUGCAGCAGUAUAUGGUCAAGACUCUACAGCCUGCACUGAGCUGGAUCCUGAGGGGACUUCUCAAUCUUUGCAGCAGGAAGAGGCAGCGGUGCCAUUGAGCGCCCACUCACAAGCUGUCAGCAUUAGACACCCAGAGGCGGAUGCUCUUUCUGAUCUUUCCCACUCUGAGAACAACAAUGCAGAGCUUGUUGAGACUGCAGAGUCUCCCCUGAGCUCCCCUGAAAAGGACCAAACACCAAGUGACAUCUCUCCUGCAGAGGCCAAGAUGGUUCCUCCCAACAGUACAUCACCAGAAGCAGAUGAAACCAUAACCCAGGAAACGAGCACCCAGCCGACCAGUGAGGAUCGAAGGGGAGACGAAGAGAAAGAAGGCGAGACGGACUCGAGCACCGGGGCCAUGAUCCGCACUAAGAGCCUGAGCAGGGACCAAUCGGUUGACAGAACAGCAACAGAGGACAGCACGUGUCUUCUGCCAGUGUUAGUGGAGGAGGAGGAGAGUGUGCUGGACAGUACAGCUGAGAUACCAACAGUAACAGGCAGCAUGGAAGGGACAGACCAGCUCACCAGCAGUGGAGCGACCACCUUCUCUGAAAGCAGCUCUGCACAGUCCCGGUCAUCCAUCACAAAUGCCAGUCAAUCAGGGAGUGGCAUGAGCAGCGUGACCUCUGACCCUAGCCAAUCAGUGGAUAGUUUAGCAAAAAAGGACUCCGUCCCCCCAGGAGGCAAAAAUAAGAAGGAACUGGAGCUUUCACACAGCAUGGAGGCUAAUGAGGAGAAGAAGGUUCAGGAGGGAGAAAGUGAGACCAAGGUGUCCAGUGAGAAGGAGUCUGAGACUUCAACGAUCUCUGACACAAGCGAUACGGUCAAAGAGGACGGGAACAGCAUGUCACCUAAUGAUAAGGAGAUUGAGACGGAGUUCCAGCGCCUGGCGUUGGGCUUCAAGUGUGACAUGUUCACCCUGGAGAAGAGACUGCGGCUAGAGGAGAGGUCACGUGACCUCGCUGAAGAGAAUGUGCGCAGAGAAGUGUCCAGCUGCCAGGGUUUACUGCAGGCUCUGACUCCCCUGUGUGAGGAUGACAACCAGUCCAUGGAGAUCAUCCAGAGGCUCAAGAAGAACCUGGACAUCCUCAUCCAGUCCAUGACCAGGGUGUCCAGUCGCUCAGAAAUGCUUGGAGCUAUUCACCAGGAGAGUCGUAUUGGUAAGGCUGUGGAGGUGAUGAUCCAGCAUGUGGAGAACCUGCGGAGGUUGUACACCAAGGAGCAUGCAGAGCUGCUGGAGCUGAGAGAGACGCUCAUGCAGAAUGAGAGGUCAUUUGGAUCCUCAACUGGAGGAGAAGAUUUCCGUGGCAAGAAGCAGCCAACAUCUCAGUACUACAAGUCCACAGCCCGGCGGGUCAGCAUAGCAGCAAUCCCUCGCUCCGGUGGAGGCAACAUGCAAUUUGACAUGUCCAAAACACAAGACGGCUCCGAGACUGAAGCAGAGAGACUGACCAGGAGAUCCCCAUGGAAUGUGGCAGGAAAGAACUCAGCACGCCCCCCACUCAAACGCUAUGUUAGCUCUGCGGCCUGGGUUGACACUGAAGAGCCGUCUCUCAUGAUGAAGGGGACGGCCUGCGACAAUCCCGACUACCAGUCGGAAGAAGAGCAGAAGGAGGAGCCGGUGGCAGAGAGGAGGAGGUCCAGUCUCAGUGAGCUGGGCAACAAACUCACCUCCUUCAUUCUGCCCCUCAAGACGAGUCAGGAUGAACUGUUUGUAAUGCUUCCAAGCCCUUCCUCCAGCCCUACAUCUACAGAACCAGGAAUGAGCCAAUCUCUGUCCCAUAGCCUGACCUCUUCCCGAGCAGCAGCAGCCGCAGCAGUAGCCAGAGGUGGUAGGGGGCUCUGGCUUUGGUUGGCAAUGGUGGUGGUGCUAGCAGGACUCUUGGCUCUGCUGGCCAGCCUGGUGAUGCAGCCAGCAGUAGAUGCUGCUCCUGUUGGGACUGGGGACUCGUGGAUGACCAUCCAGCAGCUGCUUUGGCCUUAUGCAGGGCUCCGACACAACGGACAGCCUCCUGUUUAGCCCCUGAGACCCCAGGUGGUUAGUUCAACUGGCCAUCAGUCCUCUGCAGAAAUGAUCGGUGCACUGGAUAGAUGAAGAAGAAAGUGUACCGAUCCUGAGUGGAGGCUGUUGGAUGUUUAUUGGUGCCUGAAGACUCCUGAAACAUGACUCGCAGUGACAGGCCUCAGGGGAUAGUUAACCCUAUGGAGGAUUUUAUGCAUCACAUCACGUUUGCUAAAUUAGUCUGUUAGGAGUGUAUGCGUGUGUUUAUGUUUUAUAUCAGAGAGUAAUUACAGGCGGUGAGCUGCUUAACAAUCCUAACACAUUAUGAUGCUAAUCAGUGCUUCUGGUAACUGCCUACCUGGACCCAAAACAACUUCUUCAAUCAGGCUUGAUCAGUUGUCAGAGCUGGCACAAUAUUAACCAAUCAUGUUAGAACUUCAUCAGAGUGAAAGCACUGAUGAAGUCAUACCAUGGGCCACUGUGAAGUUUUCCAUUGACAAUCAUCAUGGAUGAUGGCUCCAAUUUGUGACACAUGGCUUUUCAAACACAUUUCAUGCACUUGAAAAGGGAAAGCCAGCCUUUUUAAUGGAAUUAUCCAUUCAUUUCCACAUGGGUUUCAGAGAACAUUUUAUAUCUUUUAAGUCUGUAAACACUGGUAAUAAAACUUACAUUUUAAGUGUUUUUAAAUCUUAUAUUUGAGUUUGUUAGCAAGGUGUGGGGACAUGUGAAUAUGUUUAUUUUUGUUAAGUUAUAAUUCUGCUAUGUAAAAGUCUUAACACCAAAGGUUUUUUUUUAUUAUUUUCUCUAUGUUCUUGCUGUGGUUGUCACCGUUUUCAACUUUAUACAUGUUCCAAAGAAGAUGUGUGGAAUUUUGCACAAAUAAAGUAGCCAAUUCUACAAUACAA